AUCGCCAUGAAUGGCAAGACGUGGAGGCUUAUGUACAAUGCAACUGUCAGUUUAUUACUGCUGCAUGAAUAUCAUGCAGCAUUAGAAGCAUUAGAAAUAUAUGUCAUGAUAGGGAAUGGAGACAGAAGAUAAAGUGUCAACUCUUGAGAGAAAAGAGCAAGUUGAAGGUGGCCAUUGUGAGAAACCGUUGGAACACAGUGUGCAUUCCUCUCGAAUGGGACAGUCAAUUAACAAUUGUGAUGAGUUCGCUCUUUCUCUUUUGUUCAGUUCCGGUGGAUGGAAAAUGCCAGCGACUGCUGUUCCAGCACAUCAUUGCUCCACAGAAGCUUCAGGAUGGUUAAAUGCUACUCUUCCCACCGAGUCCCAGGGAAAAACGAAUGGCACAGUAUGUUUCAACUGGAAUGGCAAGCUCUGCCAUUGGACCAAACAGAUAACGAUUCAAAACUGUUCCAAUUACUUUGUGUAUUUUCUGAAGAAAACAAUGGAAAAACACGCUUACUGCACAGGUCCAAUUCUGUUAUGAUAUAGAAUGAUUGAAAACGAAGUGUCCCUUUAACAUCAAAGUCACACCAAAGAAUUUACAUACAUUGUGCUUCGUAAAUAAACAAUGCAAGGAGU